UAUACAGCCAUAACACAGGGUAGGAACAGAUUACAUGUGCCAUGUCGGUUAGAAAAAGUUUAGGAUAUUGGGUAAUAUUUCUUAUCCUACUGUUCAUCGUACCGGCAUCAAGACCCGAAAUUAAUGUCGCUUUAACGGGAACAGCAAGCCAAUCGUCAGAUGAUCAAUCGAGAUGGGGAGCAGGAAGAGUUAUAGACAAUUGUACUACUCAAACUGUAAAUUCUAACUGUUGUUCUCACACCAAAUCCGGAACUUACAAAGAAGCCUGGUGGCGUGUGGAUUUAGGACAGACGAAGACAAUACUGUACGUCACCAUUUACUACAGAGGAGGGUAUGCAAAUCGAUUUGGCGGGUACUCCCUCUACCUGUCAAAUACCACCAGCUACACGCAGGGAGUUCUCUGCUAUAAGGACCACAGUAGCUUGGCGUCUGACGUACAGUUAAACCCCACACAUUCGUGUCCCUACGUAGCUCGCUAUGUAAUUGUCUACAACCAGAGAGAUACCCCGAAAAAAUACGACUGGUAUGAUGACUACGCUGUUCUGGAGUUGUGUGAAGUUCAGGUCUUUGGAUGUCCAACCGGAACGUAUGGUAAUGACAAUUGUAACAAUCCUUGCUCGGAAAGCUGCUUUGGGGGAAAUUGUAACCCUGUAUCUGGAUCCUGUUUCUAUUGCUUUGCCGGAAUGUAUGGGGAUUUUUGUCAAGUACCUUGCACUGCAAACUGUUAUAACGCUUGUGAGAAAAAUUCGGGACACUGUAUAGGAUGCAUUGCCGGAAAAACAGGCGAUUUGUGUGAUACUGACUGUCCAGUAAACUGCGUAAUAUGCAACCAGACUUUAGCCGCACACUGCUACGAAUGCGUUAAUGGAAUGCACGGCGAAACAUGCCACCUUGCUUGUUCUGACGGCUGUAAAGAUAAAACAUGUAUGAAGGAUAAUGGAUAUUGCUUAGAAUGUAUCACCGGUAAAUACGGUAAUACAUGUGGAAGUGAUUGCUCAAUAAACUGUAAAGACAGAAAAUGUAGGAAGAGUGAUGGACAUUGUUUAGAAUGCGUUGAUGGAAAACAUGGAGACAUUUGUGAAAGUGAUUGUUCUAAUAACUGCGAAAACAAAUUAUGCAAGAAGGAUGGACAUUGCUUAGCAUGUAUCCCUGGCAAACAAGGAAAUCUCUGUGAUGUCAACUGUCCUUCGAAUUGUGUUACAUGCGAUCAAACGACUGACCAAUGUUUCGGAUGCAUUCCGGGAUUCUAUGGCAAUACCUGUAAUCGGAUGUGUUCUGACAACUGUAAGGACAACACAUGUAUACAACAUAAUGCGAUUUGUACAGGAUGUGACCCUGGCUUCCACGGGUAUACCUGCUAUCAGACAUGUUCAGCUAAAUGCAAAGACCAAAUAUGUAACCAGAACUCUGGCCUAUGUGCAGAAUGUGUUGCUGGUCUCUAUGGACCAAACUGUAACCUGACCUGUCCAGUCAGCUGCCAAGACGAAUGUGACAGAGACAACGGAGAAUGCAAAGCUUGCGAAACUGGAAAAUACGGAUUAAUGUGCGAUAGUAGAUGUCCAAGUCAAUGUAUGAACGACAUAUGUAAACAAAGAGAAGGCCAUUGUGAAAAAGGAUGUGUUGAAGGUUUCCAUGGAGAUCAUUGUUCUAAGGUGUGUCCGGACAACUGCAUAAACAGUUUAUGCCUUCAAGAGAAUGGACACUGUACAGAGUGUAAAGCCGGAUACUUCAACGACCACUGCGAUAGGAGUUGUCCGCCUACCUGUAAAGUAAACGUGUGUGACCAGAUCACAGGUUCAUGUACAGUAACAACAGAGGCAAACAGUUUAAACAUCACAGCUGUCGGAAUUGGAUCCGGAUGUGGACUGGUCAUUCUAGCCCUGGUUAUAGUGAUCAUGGUGUUGGUCAGACGUCAGUCGAGAGAAAAAUCGGACACCACGCCUCAUGUGACAGAUAUGUCAGAGGUGGUCAGGCAACAAAAAACAGAUGGCACAUACGAAGAAAUAGAGGCCAUGCCCACAAAUCAGUGUGUACAGAUGGAGACAAUAAACGACAAUUACGAAAAGCUGGACACUCAGACGAUGGAAUCCACACAUGUCUACCAGACUACAGAGCAGGUCCUUAAUUAAAAUCGAGAGGAAAUGUAGACGUGAGAAAACCUGCGCAUCUCUCACUGUGAAUGUAUAACUGGAGAGCUACAUUUCUGAUUGAGAGCUGAUCCCGUUUGACAUGGACUAUUCUAUGAUGUUUAGUGCUUCCUCAUUAUUUUCCGAUAAAAAGCACGCAUUGUGUGUUUUUAAAAAUGUUCAUCUAUGUUUGGACGCUAGCUAUGUAUCAUUUUAUAUAUCCAACAUCCCUGCGUCGAGAACUCUUUAUUAGAGCAUUUUGAAUUAAUUACUUUUGAGUUAAGUCGUGUAUAUAAGGUUACCAUUAACUUUAGGAUUUGACAAAUUAAUAUGUGUUUGAUUCUUAAAAUUUAUCUUGCUGUUUUAAAUGUUUUUAUGUACAGUUGCAGGAUCCCACAAUAGUACACGAUGUGCAGUGGAAUGUGAGCACGAAUGGCGAUUGAUGCAUCACUUCUGUAAUGACCUGCAUGAAACAGAUGUAAACUAGUACAGUAUAUACACAUUGUAUAUACAUGUAUACAUAUGUAUAUGUUGAAUUUUAUUCAAGAACAUUUUUUUCCAAUAAAAGCUCAGCAUCAGCUUGUAAAUAUAAUUAAAGGGGUUUCCAUGGCAUGCCGGGUGUCACUUGGAUAAACCAUACCGAAUUAUAUUUAUGUAUAAGUAUGACGAAAAUAUAAACAUAAAAAUAACAAAACUACACAGUGCAAGUUUCAUACCACGAGGGACGCUUAUUUGUAGAAUUAUAGUUCAGUCCGUGAUUACACUUUACUUAGCCGAUUCUUCUUUAAGCAUAUGAACAAAUUUUGU